AUGGUAUGGAUGGUCAUCUCAUCCAAGGGUGUAUCUGAUGUGUAUGUUCACAAAAGCAAACAAGCUAUUCGUCAAGAUACAUAUCUGAAUCAAUUUAUCAACAAAAGACUCCUUCCUUUCAUCGAAAAGUAUCAUCAGGAUGGCAAUUAUCUCUUUUGGCCUGACUUGGCGAGUGCUCAUUAUUCCAAAUCUGUACAAGAACGUUUGAAUGAGAAAAAUGUACCAUUUGUUAUUCGUGAAGAUAAUCCUUCAAACGUACCACAAGCUCGUCCAAUUGAAACAGUUUGGACUCUACUUGAACGAAAAGUGUAUGAGAACAAUUGGGAAGCAAAAGACUUGGACGUGUUAGCUCAAAUAAUCAAAAAGAAAUCAAAAGAGCUUGAUCAAAAAAUGUUGCAAGAUAUGAUUGAUGGGGUUAGAAGAAAGCUUCGCGCUAUGUGGCGAGAAGGACUGUAUUCAGUUUUAUGAACAAAGUUUUUUGUAGUAGUUUUCAUGCUCUUUCUAAUGAAAAAAACUAGGUCUUUAGCUACUGAAACGAUUGAAGUCUAAAGCUUGACAUUUGUGGAAAGACUUUUGCACCGCAUGUUAAUAGUAGGAACAACUGAUUAUGAUAGGAAGUUCUAUCCAUUUGGGUUAGGGGUGUGUAGCGACAAAAAGUAACAAAAGCUCUCUUAGUACAAUAACUGUACAAUUAAUUUUUUUACUUAGUUAUUUAUGUCACUUUACUUAACAAAAACUGUAUAUUUACUUGAAUAUUUACAAUAUUUGCCUAGAGAAUUGACCGUGUCUACUUAGAAUUAAAAUAAAUAACUUAGCAAAAAUUCAUUUUUUUACUUAGCAUUUAAUUGAUUUUACUUAGCAUUAAAAUAGCAGCCUUUUUCGAUUUCCUUGGUC